AUGUGGUACCACAACCUGGCUCCCAACUCCGUAGAUUCGUUCGCCAUGCUACCAGACUCCUUCAUAAGGGCGCACGCCGGCGCCAUCAAGGUAGCAACAAGGAAGUCCGACAUAUUCAAGAUUAAGAAAAGGGAGAACAAAAUGCUGCGAGAAUUCGUGUCUUGUUUUCAGAUAGAACGAAUGGAGUUCCCCCCGGUCUCCGACGACUGGGCAGUGCAGGCCUUUACUCAAGGAAUUAAUGAGCGAAGCUCGGUGGCAUCAAGGCGGCUGAAAGAGAAUCUGAUCGAGUAUCCCGCUGCAACCUGGUUAGAUGUCCACAACCGAUACCAGUCAAAGAUCAGGGCCGAGGAAGACCAAUUGGGAGCCCCUUUGGGCUUAGUAUACUCGAGCAGGCUCUUGGAAAAGGAGUCAAGAUCGAAUAAAGAAAGGUACCAGUCAUACACCGAUGAUAGGAGCAACGCUCCAAAUCGCAAUCUGCCCUGUAACAGCCGAUUAUUAAACCAAGGACAGAACCCUCGGGGACCUCUCAAUAGGGGUGUCUUUGACGGGUACGUAGGGCCAACAGGGGCACCCCGCCUAUCAGAGUAUAGCUUCAACAUCGAUGUGUCAGACAUCGUGUUCGCCAUUAGCAAAAUCAGAGACGCCAGAUGGCCCAGACCAAUACAUUCGGAUCCUUCCCACAGUAACUACAAUUUGAUUUGUGAGUUUCACAACUCGUACGGGCACCGAACCGAAGAUUGCAGGCAACUCCGAGAGGAAGUGGCCUGA